CCCCGUCUGGUGCCCGCGGCGAGAGGCGCGCGGGGACGGAGGGAGGGAGAAAAAGACCCCGCGCUUUCGUUUCCGGGUGAGGCGACCGCGGCGGUGCCUGCUUGGGUUUUGCUUCCGGCGCCGUCCCGAGUCGGGGCCCGGCGGCGGGGAGGGGCCGCCCCUGCGCAGCGGCUACCUGAGGACGGCGGUAAGGGACGCGGAGGGGGCGGCCGCGGGCCCGGCCAGGCCAGGCGGCGCCGGCGGCGCGAGGGGUCGGAGGCCGCGCCGAGCCAUGGAGCCGCGGCUGUGAGGAGCCCCCGGCCCGGGCCCCGCCUGUGGGAAGCCGGGCCGUGGCCGGAGCCGGAGGACAUGGACAAAUUGACCAUCAUCUCAGGAUGCCUCUUUCUGGCCGCCGACAUCUUCGCCAUCGCCAGCCUGGCCAACCCGGACUGGAUCAACACCGGCGAGUCCGCGGGUGCUCUCACCGUUGGCCUUGUGCGACAGUGUCAAACCAUUCAUGGACGUGACAGGACCUGCAUUCCUCCACGGCUGCCCCCAGAGUGGAUCACAACUUUAUUUUUUAUCAUCAUGGGAAUCAUUUCACUGACUGUCACCUGUGGCUUGCUGGUGGCUUCUCACUGGCGAAGGGAAGCGACGAAAUACGCACGCUGGAUAGCAUUCACUGGAAUGAUCCUUUUUUGUAUGGCAGCCUUAAUAUUCCCCAUAGGAUUUUACAUCAAUGAAGUGGGAGGUCAGCCCUAUAAGCUUCCGAAUAACACCGUGGUGGGCUCAUCUUACGUACUCUUUGUUUUAUCAAUUUUCUUUACGAUAGUGGGACUUCUGUUUGCUGGCAAAGUGUGCUUACCGGGCUGACGGCCGCCUUGAGUGCUUUUUCCGGGGUACGGUCAUGAAGGAGAGUAGGACGCCCGGCACAUCCGCGGGAAGACGCUGGUGUCAGGCCGUCGCAGUCUUACCAGAACGAGGAGGUUUCUCUGUUCUCACUAUGCACUUUGGAUUAUUAUUAUUAUUUUUUUUAAAAAAAAAACAAAACCCUUUUUUAUUAUUAUAAUUAUUCCUUUUUACGGAGCAUCUGUCCCCAUCACCGAAACCAAACGCCCACCACUCAUCUCUUCAGCAUCUGGAUGCAGUCAGAUGUGCACUGUGAUCGGACCUCGCGUGGAAGGAGAGCUCUUUUUCCUGCACUCAACAGCAUCAUUUCCUCUUUUUUGGUUUUUUUUUUUAUUAUUAUUAUUUUUCCCCCUCCUGUCCCUCCGGCUGUCUCCAUAUCACCAUCCUGUACCCCUUUCGAAAUAUCUAUUGAAAGUCUCAAAAGUAUUUAUGCACUUUGGUUGACCGGGCGUUCGCCAAGGGUGGGGCUGGGCCUCACCCAACCUUCAAGAGAUUUAGCAUCUUCCUUCUAUGAUAGGCAAGGAGCAUUUGCCAUUGACCCUUCCCUUCGUCUCCCCCCUCCCCCAUGCUACACCCCCCCUCCACACACACACACACACAAACGCACACAAGAAAUCAGUCUGACGUUAUUAGCUGCAUCCUGAAGCCUAUAGAUCAAAAGACAAUUUUGUGGGGGAAAUCUGUUACGAGGAUCCGUCUGCUCGCCACCCUUGCUAACGGUUACCGCCUCCCGGCGACGUUCGGGACCUGCUAGGAAAGCUCCAGGUGGGGCUGAGAAAUUCUUCCAUAUGUAUUUAUAUGUGUGUGUUUGUGUGUACGUGUGUGUGGGUGCGCGCGUGUGUGUGUGUAUUUAUAUGUAUGAUGCAGUCCACCGAAUGUCUAUGUGUACUUACACACAAGCACGCACAUAUGCAUACAUGCCGACCGAGACAAGGGAAACACUGUGGUGUGCAACACUAGGGCUUGCAAAGACGGAAGGAAAGAAAGAGAAAAAGAAAGAAAAAGAAAGAAAGAAAGAAAGAAAGAAAGAAAGAAAGAAAGAAAGAAAGAAAGAAAGAAAGAAAGAAAGAAAGAAAGAGAGAAAGGCCAUUUCUUCAAAGGCUACAUCGCUGGGAAAGUCUUCAGUAUACCUCAUUUGCUGUAGCAGCUCCUGCUUUUGACAGGUUUUUGUGACAGAUAUCAACAACUCCAUGCCUUCCUAGGUGUAAUUUUAAAUUAAGCUAAGAGGUUUGUCUUCUUCCUUCUGCUUCUCCUCCUGUUUCUUCUUCUCUUCCUUCUGCUACUCUUCCUUCUGUUUCUCCUCCUCCUCCUCCUCCUUAGGGUACUUUAUUUGAAUCUGGAUGAUCAAAGAUGAAAUCAUGUCUUAUUUUUGAAAGCUCUUGACCCCAGCAAGUGGGAAAUCUGACCUGACAAUUUGAUGCAUAAUUUAAACAGUGUAAAUAGCCUCUCCUCUUUUGGAGAGCUUGGUCUUUACAUCAUGGAGGGUUUUGGCCCGGAUCAUCUGCCGCAAGCCUAUCUGAUUGAGUAGACCCUAAAUCUCGCCUAAAAGCUACAGUAAAGCAAGCCCAAGUCUUUCCCCCCCCCCUCCCCACUUUGGAAGUUUGAACUCUUCUGUUGCUUUUUCUCAAAAGAACAAAGUGAUUAUUAGAUGGUGAAGGUUUUUUUCUUUAAAUGGCCUAUCUAUUUUCAGAGCUCUUUGUUCUCUUUCUUGGCAGAUUCUCUUGGAGAAUAGGAUCACUAAUGCCCAGAUACCAGCCUGCCUCCUCAGUUUAUGCCCGAUACUCUGCCGUUCGGCCUGCUACAACCAAAACUGGGCACACAGCAGCCCCAGGCAGGCAACACCCUUCUCCCAAAGCAUGCUAAGCAACAUUGCAAACUGUUGUGCCGGACGCAGCUGCCCCGUCUUAGAAAUCCUGCAUCUGAUCAUCUUAGCCCAAGAGGUCAGGCCUUCCUACUCCUUGCCUGCAGGCAAAUGCUCCUGGAGGAAGGAAUUGCUGAGGACAUUUCCCUGUCAUGCAGUGGGGAGGGCUCCCUGUUGCAAACGAACCAACAAAGCCAUGCAGACCAAUGGAUUCUCAGUUAAACGAUGUCGAAUUUUUAGAAAACCCAUUGUACAUUGGUUGAAGGAAACAGCUAGCAAGCUUGGCUUGACCCAUCGUACCGGAUGGGUUCCUACCAUCUUCUCAACUUCCUUUUGGGGAUCCUCCUUAGCAAUCCCUAUUUGUUCAGGGCAGUAUUUUGACUCCCUAAAAAUGCAGGACUAGGGCCCCACUCCCAUCAGUUGUUCUCCAAAAGGGCCAACGUGGAAUCCUUGACUCCCAGCAGUUGUUUGCGUCCGUUUUAGUUUUAUAAUAAUAAUAAAGUUGGAAGGGACCUUGGAGGUCAUCUAGUCCAACCCCCUGCUCAGGCAAGAAACCCUAUAUCAUUUCGGACACAUGGCUGUCCAGUCUCUUCUUAAAAACUUCCAGUGUUGGGGCAUUCACAGCUCCUGGAGGCAGGUUGUUCCACUGGUUAUUCCGCUGGUUAGAAGUCAAACGUGACAUCUUUUAUGCCCUAAAACAAAAUAAUAAAAAAUGGUGACUCACAAUCACUGCCUACAAAAUUGAGAAACACAUUGGCUGGAAAGCAUGCAGCGAUCCCCUUCCCCGUAAACCGUUAAGGAAUCCAUGCUCGCUCACGCCAAUCCUCAAUUGCAUCUUGUACGUGAAUGGACGUUUCAGCCACAGCUGCAUCAGGCAAGAACGCCUACAUUUUUGGCUUUAAUGUGACACUGAAUUAUUUCUUGGAAAGGGGAUGGGGAAAUUAUCUGCGGUUAUUUUUUCUAAAAGAAAGGAGUUUAAAGGGGGGGAAAUCAACUCUUGCUUUAAAUAGAAUCUCAAAAGCGUGCAGUAUUAAUUUAUAGCAGAAAGGCCAUAUCUUCUAAACUGUAUAUAAAGCAGUUUUUUUUAAAAUAUAUAUAUAUAUGGUGCAAA